AUGAGUUCGCCAAAUAUAUGGAGCACAGGAACCUCAGUCUGCUGGACUCCUGUAUUUUCUCAGAAAAUGACGGUGUGGAUUCUGCUCCUGCUCUCCCUCUACCCAGGCUUCACUAGCCAAAAGUCUGAUGAUGACUAUGAAGACUAUGCUUCAAACAAAACAUGGGUCUUGACUCCCAAAGUUCCCGAGGGUGAUGUCACUGUCAUCCUAAACAACUUGUUGGAAGGCUAUGACAAUAAACUUCGACCCGAUAUAGGAGUGAAACCAACAUUAAUUCACACAGACAUGUAUGUGAAUAGCAUUGGUCCAGUGAAUGCUAUCAAUAUGUUGGCAGAGGAUUUCAUGGAGCUGACAAUCGAUGCCGAGUGCCAGUUACAGUUGCACAACUUCCCAAUGGAUGAACACUCCUGCCCCCUGGAGUUCUCCAGUUAUGGCUAUCCACGUGAAGAAAUUGUCUACCAGUGGAAGCAUAGUUCUGUUGAAGUGGGUGACACAAGAUCGUGGAGGCUGUACCAAUUCUCAUUUGUUGGACUGAGAAAUACCACUGAAGUAGUCAAGACUACUUCCGGAGACUACGUGGUCAUGUCAGUCUACUUUGACCUGAGCAGAAGGAUGGGCUACUUCACCAUCCAGACUUACAUUCCCUGCACGCUCAUCGUGGUCCUGUCUUGGGUAUCUUUCUGGAUCAAUAAGGAUGCUGUUCCAGCCAGAACAUCUUUAGGUAUCACCACUGUCCUUACAAUGACCACCCUCAGUACCAUCGCCCGCAAGUCUCUCCCCAAGGUCUCCUAUGUUACUGCAAUGGAUCUUUUCGUAUCUGUUUGCUUCAUAUUUGUCUUUUCUGCUCUGGUGGAGUAUGGGACCCUACAUUACUUUGUCAGCAAUCGGAAGCCAAGCAAGGACAAAGACAAAAAGAAGAAAAACCCUCUUCUUCGGAUGUUUUCCUUCAAGGCCCCGACCAUUGAUAUCCGCCCAAGAUCAGCAACCAUUCAAAUGAACAAUGCCACCCACCUUCAAGAGAGGGAUGAAGAAUACGGGUAUGAAUGUCUGGACGGGAAGGACUGUGCCAGUUUCUUCUGCUGUUUUGAAGAUUGCCGAACAGGAGCUUGGAGGCAUGGGAGGAUACAUAUCCGCAUUGCUAAAAUGGACUCAUAUGCUCGAAUUUUCUUCCCCACUGCCUUCUGCUUGUUCAAUCUGGUUUACUGGGUCUCUUAUCUUUACCUGUGA